AUGGGCAAACCAAAGGGCAUCCGUACGGCCCGUAAGUUGAAAACUCACCGUCAAGCUCAACGUUGGAACGACAAAGGAUAUAAGAAGGCACAUUUGGGUACACGAUGGAAGGCCAAUCCAUUCGGUGCUGCUUCGCACGCUAAAGGCAUUGUUCUUGAGAAAGUUGGUGUUGAAGCGAAACAGCCUAAUUCGGCUAUCCGCAAGUGUGUUCGUGUACAGUUGAUUAAGAACGGCAAAAAGAUCACAGCGUUCGUGCCAAACGACGGUUGUUUGAACUUCAUCGAGGAGAACGACGAGGUUCUGGUGGCAGGUUUCGGUCGUAAAGGUCACGCUGUCGGUGAUAUUCCUGGUGUACGAUUCAAAAUCGUGAAAGUUGCCAAUACGUCGUUGAUUGCACUGUUCAAAGGCAAAAAAGAGAGACCACUCCGCAUUGCACAGGAAGAGAAAUUGGCAGCAUCACAUCGUGCAUCUGAAAAUAUGUCAUUUCAAGAAGAACUAUUCCGAAUAAUCGUGAUUUAUAGCAGAAGGGCUGACGUUCCGACCUUGUGGGCUGUAAAAGUGGCCAAGGAAGCAUGGAGCGGAUAA